CGUGAGACUUCACAAAACUCAUUCCACAGAGCGCUUGGCGUUCUGGUUUCCAAGGUAACGGAGGUGUGUUGACAACGAAGCAGAAGGGUCAGGUAGGCUGGGGGUCCCUAGCUGAUCAAAACACGGAUGGUGGGAAAACGUCGGUAUAGCGAUUUAACGCUUUGCCAUAAUCAAGUCAACGCAGGGCGCUUGCUACGCCGCUUAGUUUCGACCUCGCCUGCCUGUUGGAUGCGGUUUGAUAGGUCUUGAGUGAACAGAAUGAACUCGGGUUCGGGGGCAGAGAGUGAGGCAGGAGAGGAGUCUGGGAAGGAAGAGGAAGAGGAGGACGGAGACUCGCUAGUUCAGGGGUCGGGGGGGGAGCGGUCAGGGGUUCCUGAGGAAGAGCGACCCCAGAGAUCUCUAGGGGCAGGGGCAGAAGCACAGGAGGACCCCAGGACGGGAGAGAGAGGCGAGGAGAGCCCCAGAGACGAGCAGGGCCAAACACCUGUCAAGAGACCCGGCGGGGAUCACAGCAGUCCCACGUCGGACUCCCACAGGAAAAUAAAGAAGAGAAAAAAGUCACGGUCCCUGGGAAUAAACCUGAGUAACUGCAAGUAUGAGAGUGUGAGAAGAGCUGCCCAGGCAGUAGGCCUGAGGGAAGCAAGUGAGAAGGAGGACUGGAUUGUCUGCUGGACAGACUUCUCUGUCUCCAUGGAGAGAGUCAAGGACAUGAAGAGGUACCAGAAAAUAAACCAUUUUCCUGGGAUGAGUGAGAUUUGCCGCAAAGACCUGCUAGCCAGAAAUAUGAACAGGAUGCUGAAGCUUUUCCCCAAAGAUUACAACAUCUUUCCAAAAACUUGGUGCCUGCCAUCAGAUUACGUUGAUUUCCAGGCAUACUGUCGGGCGAAGAGGAACAAGACGUUCAUCUGCAAGCCGGACAGCGGCUGUCAGGGAAAAGGAAUCUACAUCACCCGCAACCUCCGGGACAUCAACCCUGACGAGCACAUAGUCUGUCAGAGCUACAUCUCCAAGCCCUUCAUCAUUGAUGGCUAUAAAUUUGACCUGCGUCUGUACGUGCUAGUGACCUCCUGUGACCCCCUGAGAGUGUUCCUGUACCAAGAGGGGCUAGUGAGAUUUGCCACCUCCAGGUACAGCCAUCCCCACAGCAGCAACCUGGAUGACAUUUGCAUGCAUUUGACAAACUAUGCCAUCAAUAAACAUAAUGACAACUUCAUCCGUGAUGAGGAGACAGGAAGCAAAAGGAAGCUGUCAACUUUAAAGGAAUGGCUAGAGCUUCAUUGCUAUGACAUACAGGCACUGUGGAGCAACAUGGAGGAUGUGAUAAUCAAGACCCUGAUAUCUGCCCAUCCCAUCCUGAAGCACAAUUACUGCACUGGUUUCCCCAACCAGCUGGGACCAAGUUCCUGCUUUGAGAUCCUGGGUUUUGACAUCCUGCUGGACAGCAAACUGAAACCCUGGCUCUUGGAGGUGAACCACUCCCCCAGUUUUACUACAGACUCUGAGCUGGAUCGCCAGGUGAAGGAGGCCCUGCUCACUGACACACUGCGGCUGCUCAACUUGGGUGUCAACGAUCGGCGCAGGCUCCUGGAGGAGGACAAGCGCAGGGCGAAAGAGCGCCUGCUGCAGAAACACCAGCCCCCUUGUAGAUCUCGGAGGGAGCUUUUUUUGAGUACUCAGGCUUCUUGGCUUGCUGAGCAGGAGAAGCACGAAGAGCAGCACAGCGGGGCCUUUUGUAGGAUCUACCCCAGGAUUGAUUCUGAAAAAUAUGACAAGUUCCUCCAGCACAGUGUCUCCCUCUUCCAGGAAACUGUAGCCUCCAAAGCUAGGGAGGAGUGUGCCAGGAAGAUGCUGGAGGAGCUGCAGGUGAAACAGGAGCUGGGUGGAAGGAUUCCGCUCCCAGGAAAGCGAGGCGGCAGGGGGCAGCAGGGAGAGUCUUCCGGGGAAAGAGCCAUCAAUCGCAGAAUCACGCAGCACACAGCCCCUUCCAUUUGUCCAAAUCCUGUCUCGCGCCCCUUCCUGGGACAGGGGCAGGAGGCCAGCUGGGACUCUUUCAGCCCAGGACUGGUUGUUGAGGAGGAAGAGGCAGAGAGGCUGCAAGGCCUAGAGCAGCGGGAGAGUCUGUUGAGGGGACUGGGGGUGGUGGAGCUGGUCUAUUGCCUUCUGCAGGCGGGAAACAUGUACAGCAUCCCUCGAGAGAUUGUGAAGCAGCACAACCUGGAUAGCCCACGCAGAAGGAAAGCAUCCUUGAAAAUGCAUGGCUUCUCUUCUCCACUCAGAGUGCCUGGUCUUGCCUCUCCUUCCAGGCAAGCUGCUGCAUACCCAGUCCAGCUGCAGCCCCUGCCCAGUGGCUCCCAGCUUCGAGACCUGUCCAGCAGGGCCCUGCUGCGUAGCCAGAAGCAGCUUCACAGACCUUUGAAAUGUCCAGGCGAACGAGACCCCACGCAGCUACCUUUGGGAGUGGCCAAGUUGGACCUUUCACUGCAGAUGGAUGGAACCAGCAUGGGACAGCAAUAUCUGUCUGGCUUUGUUGGGAGAUGGCGCUGUCGAAAUGUGCUUGCGGGGUCCAUGGAAAGCUCUCCCAGUGUUCCCUGUAGUGCCGUGUCCAGUUCCUUGGCUGGCUCAGUUUCAUGUCCAGUAGGCCUGCACCUCAGUACCAUUCCAGAACCCCCUCGUUCAGCCCCUGGCACCAAUACAUCUAUGUUGCCAGCCGGCCUGGAGGAACUAGAGUCCUCAUUCACAAGGAGGCUGAAGUGACGGGGGGGCAUUUUGCAAUUGCAUCCUGGUCUUCUGGAAUAAGAGGGCCUGUGCUUCAGGAGGAGCCUGGGACUGAGACAGCUACUGACUGGGGUUUGGGGACAAUGUCUGAAAUUUACUUCAGGCUAAGCCAUACUUCCCUGUAUCCCUUUAAAACUGUUAACACCACAGCCAAAAAAUACUUGCCAUAUAACCACUUUCUGUUGUGUAUUUUUACAUACAUGUCAGAGACAUUUUUAAAAUUAAUGUUUUGUACUUAAUACAUUCUUGCACCUUAGAAUGACUUAAAGCAAUUCAAAUAUUUUAUUGUAAUUUAAUUAAAUUGUAAUUCACAUA